GCCUUGUUUUUGCUCGGCAUCAGCACUAGUGCAUCAGCAGGAGUGUCCUGUGGUACAGCCGAGGAGAGAGCCUCCCUGUCGACAGGUCUCGCCGCCUUCGUCGUUUGUCUGAGGUUCGCCAGUGGUCUGUCCGUCAGGGCAUGCCUCUUGAUGACUCAGAAGCGUGCCCAUCGCAGCAGUGACGACACCGACAGCCCGUCACCCGCCUCGUCAGCCCUCGUAGCUGCCUCCACCGCCGCCACGGCGCGUGCCUCAGGUGGAAGCGACACGCACAGGAUGUCGGAGGACGAAAGGGAGUCCGCGGCACACGCCAAUGGGCCGGGGAGCGACCACAACGAGGAUGGCAGCGACAAUGAAGUCGAGUGCUGCCCGCUGUGCAUGGAGGAGCUCGACGAUACUGACAAACACUUCUACCCUUGCAAGUGUGGCUACCAGGUCGGUCGCCCCGCCCUCACCGCAACACACACGACCACAGCACCGAGAGGACAGAGAGGAGAGGACACAAACAAAAGACAGUCGCAUCUCAUCUCAUCUCAUCUAUGGUGUUUGCUGCUUUGAUGGGGUGUUUUCUGUCUGUCUGUCUGUCCUUUUUGUUGGUUCUACCUACCAUGUCGAAAAUCGAUCAGGUGUGUCUGUGGUGUGUGCAUCACAUUCGGGAGCAGCUCAAUGGCAAGUGCCCCGCGUGCCGCACGCCAUACCACGAAGACAACUACACAAGAAGAGUGCCCAAAGAGUACGUAUGGACAGACACCACACACAACACAAUACAUACCAACAGCCUUUUAACCACUCCAUCAUUGAGGGAUGAUUCUCCUGACUUGUUUCCUGUGUGUGUCUGUUGUCUGUCUGCAGCAACAAGCCGAAGCGGCCCCGCCAGACGGCACGUCGCGAGGACAACCGUUGGAAUCGCAAUGACGCCUGCCGGCAGCCGGUGCUGUUGCCAAAGGACGCCAAGGCCCUCGCCGGGGUUCGUGUCAUCCAGCGCAGUCUGGUAUACGUCAUCGGGCUGCCGGAGCACGUGGCGGCGGCGGACGUGCUGCAAAGCAAGUACUUCGGGCAGUUCGGCAAGAUCAUCCGGACAGUCGUCACCAAACAGCCCACAUCCUACAGCGGGUAGGUUAUGUUAGUUAGCAAAGAAGAGAGGCAGGCAGAGAGGCCACGCCGGCGAUGCGUUUGCAUUGGUGUGUGUGUAUAUGUGUGUGUGUGUGUGUGUUGUCAGUGCCAGUGGCCCGACCUAUUCUGCGUAUCUGUAUUACCAGCGCAACGAAGACGCUGCCAGCGCCAUAUCGGUGAGAGAGAGAGAGAGAGAGAGAGAGCAGGCUUGCAGCAAGGAGGGAGGGCCGCGAUGACAUCCAUGUCUGGCUAUGUGAUGUGUGCUGUGCAGGUGAUGGAUGGAUCGUCGAUCGACGGUCAGCAGAUCAAGUGUUCGUACGGCACCACCAAGUACUGCUCCUACUUCCUCAAGGGGCAGAAGUGCACUCUCAAAGACUGCCUGUACCUGCACCACCUGGGGGAAGACUCUGAUAGGUACGCAGCCACACACCCAUACCAAUACCAACACCCACACGAACACACCAUACACAUACACACCACACACGCCUUGCCGUGUGACGUUUUCUCAGUUUCACCAAGGAGGCGAUGGUGAAUUCCCGCCAUCAGUUCCACAACCAGGUCAUGCCCGACGGCCCACUCACGACCAACAAGGCCGGGGCAGCCAAAUUCGGAUUCGGCACAUACGGCCGCAGACAACAGCAGCAGCAGCAGCAGCAACAGCAACAGCAGCAGCAUCAGAGGACCCCAUCCACAGGGCCCACUCCCUCCCCAUCCACUACACCCUCCCCCAAUGCGCCCGCCCCUGCUGCUGCCACUACUGCCGCUGCUUCGUCCGGCACACAACAGCCACAGAAGGACAAGGACAAGGAGAAGGAGCCCCGCGAUAAGGACAAGGACAAGGACAAGGAUGUGGUGAUGGCUGACGGUGGUGGGAAGGGCGACGAGGGAGAGGGCGAGAAGGGUGGCCAGGGGAAGCUGGGGAUUCAAUACCUGCCGCUGAUCACGGCUGACGGGCCGCUGCCCUCGUCCUCUUCAUCGGGCAGCUACCAUGUGCCGCUGGUCGUCGCGUCUGGCAAGGGGUAAGUAGCUCGAGCAUGGCGUCGUUUGGUUGUGGUGUCCAUUCCAUUCACUGUCACGAUGUGUGUGUGGUUGUCUGUGUGUGAGCAUUUCAGGUCUCAGAAGGAUAGUCGACACACUCAUCGCAAUGCCACUAGCCAACGGUGAGUCAGAGGAGGUGGAGUAGCUCACCGAGAACACGGCGAAUUUUCUCCCUGUGUGUGUGUGUUGUUUCAGGGGUAGCCGGAGCCACCAUAUGCACAGCCCCAUCAGCGGCCUGCAUAACGAUGUAAGCACCACACACACCGCCACGCCGCACCCCCGAGUGGCAGAGAUGAUAACCACAUCAGUUCAGUAUCGCUAGCAGACCCAUCCCACAGAGACAGAUGGAUCUGACGACACACUUUGCACGUCAGACUGAGCCACAGACAGACAGACAGGCAGACAGCCGGCCACUCUUCCACCCGCCAUCUCCCCUUAACCAUUCUUCUCCCUCCCCUGUCUGUGCAUUGAUUUGUGUCUGCAGAAGAGCUCCCCGGUCUGUUCUCCAGCCAUCCGGCCAGAGAGCGCCGGUGCCGGUGCUGGCACCGGCCUCUCGGUGUUCGACGAGCACCACCCCCAUCCCCCCUCCAUGAACCUCACCCUCCGCCGACCAGCCGGCACGCGCAAAGACAGAGACGCCGCCAACAAGAACCGAUCCACGCACAACCAGCCGGGCGGCGGCACCAACGUCUCAUGGCAGGUCCGCAAACCCUCCGGCAUCAGCCCGGGCGGCGCACUGGUGUCGGCUAGCAUGCCGCUCAUCACUCCCAAGGGCGCCAUCAACGUGACAGCAAUGGGCGGCCAGAGGGAGCGUGCUGAGCGAGAGAGGAACAGGGGCAGCGGCGGCCACACGCCGCCGUCAGUCAAGGAUGGGGAGAGCCCCGGCUCCGGCUCGGCCAGGCGGGCGGCCACGCCCACGCAGCCUCACGAGGCGAGACAGCGCAACAAGGACAAGGACAAGGAGAGGGAGAGGGAGGCCGACGUCGUCAUGACAGAUGUGACCAGCCUGGCCAAGUCCGCCCCAGACGAGCAGAUGCACCCCAACCCGUCGUCAGCCGAGGAGCAGUCGCCAUCGCCACCGGCGUCUGUGUCUGCCGGCGCCCCGCCGGGCAUGACCCUGCCCGCAUCCACGGCCACAUCGGCGGCAGACACUGGCAGCAGACCGACGGUGCCCAUCCGGUUUGGGGAUUUCGACGCGUCGACGUUCGGGAAGAAGGACGACAAGGGUGGCGACCCGAGCAUGGGUGGGUGUGCUUCUCAACCCAACCUCCGUGUGGUGGAGAUGCCCGACAUACCAAACCUGCCCGUGACCAGUGGGGACCUCGGCGCAGGGGCAAUCACUAUGAUCGAACAAGAGGUGAGUGAGUGAGUGAGUAAUAUACACACGGGGAUGGGAGGGAUGCUUAGAUGCAUAUGAGUGGGUGGGACAGACACAGGGAGGGAGCUCCAUCUUUGGGUGGUCAUUGUCGGUUGCAGCUUGAUUUGGAGCCGGUGCCAAGCCCACUCCAAGCUCCCGAGGUGCCGACCAGCAGUGCCGCUCCGGUGUCGGUGCCGGUGCCUUCCCCCCUCCCCCCCGCGCCCCCAUCUCCCUCCCACCACACGGCAGCAGCACCCCUGCCGUCGGAGACCCACCCCCCUCCUCCCGGCCCACCCCCACAGCCCGAGUCUUCCUUCAGACCCCCAUCAGUGAUCGCACCUGCCCAUCACUCCCACGCCCACACCCACACCCAUCCCCAUCCCCAGCCGCACCUCCCGCAUCCACACCCGCAGAUCCUCUCUGUGCCCUCUCAUCGCACAACCAGCGACCAUUACGGCGGCCACGGCUCGUCGUCGUCGCUGAUGGACGGCAUUCAGGUGAUACCCCCGCCCACACACGCUGCAAGGGGGCCGAUCGGUGGUUUGUCCGCGGCUGCCGGUGGGGCGGGUGGGGUGGAUCUCAACGGACAGAGGGAUAGAGAUGGAGGGAGGUAUCGGGGCGGCGAAUACCACCAGCACCAGCACCAGCACCACCACCACCAACAGCAGCAGCAGCAUGCGCCUGCUGUUGCUUCAGCUCGUCACAAGCCGCUGUACUCGAGGCUGGGCAUCAAACUCAUUGACGACGAUGAGGAAGAGGUCAGCAAGGGAGAGAGGGGAACGAACAUACAGUGACGUGUUGCUGCAUAAGUGGAUAUUGUUGUGAUGGUCAGGAGUCGUCCAACGCAUUCCCAGAUCCCUACGAUAGCACAGACCAUCGCAACGAUCAGCCCAACCACCACCCCCACAGGUCCCCAGCAGGAGCCCCCUCCCCUCUCUCAGUCAUCCCACCCACGCCAGGCGUCAACGUGGGCCCAUUCGAGCCCAUCAAGCCACAGCACAACAGCAGCGCCAGCAACAGCAGCAGCGGCUGGAUGGGCGGCGACUCCUACAACCACACCGACCUCACCAACGACAUGGCGCGGCUCACCACCGGCAGCCCCAGCAGCAGUAAUCAGAACAGCAAGGGCAAGGGCGUGCCGAUCAGCCUCAACGAGCGGCUGCAGUUCGACGACAACGACAAGGGAGGGAUGAUGCAUCCGCAUCAGCACCAGCAGGAUGACACCAGCACCCCCUCGUCCACGGCGCGGCGUGACAGCGGUGAGGGCCGCCCGGCUGUGAUCAACCCUCAGUCGCUGCCCAACAACCCCUGGUACAACCCACAGAGCUUCCCCGACGACCACGGCGCCGCCAGUGGGUCGUUCCCCCCUCUCAAUGCUUCCUCAUCCUCCAACAAGCAGCAACAACAGCCGCAUGAGGAAGGCAAGCCGGGCCCCUCCAGCCCUAUGCACCGUGGCGCGCCCCCCGGGAUGACGCCCUCCCCUUCGCCGCCCAGCGUCAGCUUGUCGAGUGAGGGCGGCAAGGGCCCCGACUCAGACGCGUCUAUCAUGGAUGCGCUUGCCAAGGUGUGUCCCCAGGUGUCGCUGUUCGCCAAGAACAAGCCGCAGAUGCAGCAUGGGCCAGCGGGGAGCGAUUCAAUGGCGGGGGCGGGGGGCCCCGAGCCGCAGCCGCCAGGUGGUGGUGGUGGUGGGUUUGGGAUGGGCAGCCGGCCGUCUGCUUUCAACCCUUCUGCGCCGCCAUUUGUAUACGGCCGGUCGUCCCCCUCCCCCAAUACAAAUCCACACGUGCCGUCGAUCAUCCGGCCGUACAAUGACGACCAGAGCCACAAGCAGCCCGACUGGAUGAAGCAUGACCAUCACCAGCAGCAGCGGCGCGACCACCACCACCAGCAGCAGCAGCAGAGGAUGCCUCCCCGCGGGCAGCCGCAGCCGCCCCCGCCCCCUCCUACACAUAUUCCGCCAGUGCCCACAGUGCCCCCACCUCGCCCGGAUCAGCUGAUGAAUCAGCGGCAGAUGCGCAUGAUGCACGGGUAUGACGGCGGGUACGGGGGAGGUGACCCCCAGGGUGGGGGCAUGUUUUCCGGUGGCGGUGGUGGGUACGGCGGCAUGUACGGCCAGAUGGGGGGGCCAUCAGCUGGGCUGAACCCUGCUGCAUAUCCUUUCGACCCACAGGCGGCCAUGUGGCAGCCUGGACAGAGACAGUGACUCAGGGAGGGAGGGAGGGAGGGAUGACAGCCACGGAGAAGGGGAAAGGGGAUGCCUGCGUGAGUGAGUGGGUGGGCGGGCGGAUGGACACUUGGUAGCUUACGAUCGUUAAUUCAGUGUAUGUGUCUGCCUGUGUGAGAUUGGAUAAGACAGAGGGGCGGGCGAGACGAGGCUCGGCGGCGUCGGGGCCGGGCCGAGCCAAACAAACCAACACGGGGUGGG